AUGUCUCAAACGAGCUCUUGCAUUUUGAGCGUGGAACCGGAGGAGUUUGAUGGCAUCGACAACAUUGUUGAUCUGCCCAACAGGAGUUCAGAUAAGGUAAUUGCCUUCAUGCGUAAAAGAUUCUUAAGCAAAGAGUUCUACACGUGGGCCGGACAGACACUUUUAUCGUUGCAUCCGUACGAGGCCAGGGAAAAGAAGUGCAAAGGCGACGAUCAUCCAGGCGUCGAUUCCUUGAUCUCCGGUGCCUGGUUCCGGUUGAAGCACGGCGUCGGAAAGCCGCAUCAGCACGUGGUGAUUUCCGGAGAGAGCGGUUCGGGAAAGACGCAUUCUGCCUGCUUGGCGAUGCAGCGUAUCGUCGACAUCGUCGGCGAAACGAAUCGAGCGCUCUACGGGAUUUGGUCGACGGUCCCAUUGCUCUCUGCCUUCGGCAACGCCAAGACUGGAUACAACUGCAACAGCUCCAGAUUUGGUAAGCUGGUGCAGAUCCAUUGCGUCGACGGUAUGUCCAUCGACGGGUGCACCUUGAGCAUUUUCAUGUUGGAGAAAUCGAGGGUGACGGGACCUGCGACCGGAGAAGGCAACUUUCACAUCUUUCGACAGAUCCUCGAUGUGCUGGAGGAGGACGCUUUGCAGCUACUGUAUCUGAGCAAAACGAUAGAUUACAAGAUAGCUCCACAUUCUGAGAUGAAGCCCAGGUAUAGGGAGACGCUGAUUGCACUCGAAGCCCUCGAGAUUUACGCGCUGGAAGAUAUCCUCUCUGUGCUUGCGAUCAUUUUGAACUUGGGGAACGUUAAGUUUGAGUCGGUGGGAGACAUCUACACAGUGUCUACAGAUUCCCUGGAAUUUGUGGAAAACGUCGGACGAUUAUUGGACGCAAAGCCGAAGGAUUUAAUCAAUCUGAUUUGCACGAGAGUGUUUGCACCGAAAUCGCGAAGAGAGACGAUUUACCAAAGCGCUUGCAUGAAUCGCGAGGAAUGCGAGGAGCGAAGGGACUGCAUCAUGAAACUACUCUACGACAGGCUCUUCUCCUGGUUGGUCCAUUGCAUCAACGUCAAAUUCGAGCAGAGCUGCGUUUACGAUCAGAAGAGCCUGAGCAUUCUCGACAUUUACGGCUUCGAAGUGUUCGAUCACAACGGUUUCGAACAGCUGUGCAUCAACUACGCGAACGAACGACUGCAGCAGUACUUCAUCGACAAUUACCUCUUGGAGCGCAGGAUAAGGUUGAUAGAGGAAGGAUUCGAUGUGGAACAUAUCGAAACCGUGGAAUACACGCAGCGACUGUCGCUGAUCCACGGGCCCAUCUCCAUCUUCGGAAUUCUGAACGAGCAGGAAUGCGCGAUGAAACGGUUCAACUCGGACGUGUUCGUUAAUACGCGAUUGACCGAGACCCUGAGGAGCAAGCCACAUUUCAUUGGAUCACUUAACCAGCUGCACACCGCCUUCUCCAUAAAGCACUACGCCGGAGUGGUAAAGUACGACACGAGAUCGAUGUUGGGGAAAAAUCGAGACAAGGUACCAGACGAUAUUAUCAGUUUCUUGAAAGGAUGCGAAUCCUUCGAAUUCCUGUGUCACCUGAUGUCGUUCGCUCCGCUCACCAAUGGCAAAACGUUGGUUACCAAUUUCAAGAAGUCGUUGGAUAACUUGUUUGAUGUACUGAACGACGGCGAUGUGCACUACGUAAAAUGCCUGAAACCGAAUCCCUACCAUAUGGCAGAGUUCUUCGACGAGCACUUCUUCGAGCAGCAGUUGGUCGCGAACGGAGUCUGCGAGAUAUUCAAAUUGAACUUCCAGCAGUUUUCCUUGCGGUAA